AUGGCGGCACGUUCUGAGAGCUCUCAAAAUGCACCAGGAGCGUCGCACCAUCUAGAAAAGGAGGUUCGGCUCGAGCCAGACGCCGAGGCUGUCGAGGAGAUUCUAGAAGAUGACGCGGAAGAUGCGGAGAAGAAUCGCGAAACUACGCGGAAAGAGCGACGAGGGGAAGCGGAGGCGGCAAGGGAGACUGGUGGGAGGGAAGGUGGAGACGAGGUGGGGCAAGGGGAGGAAGGGGAGGAAGAGGAGGAAGAGGAGGAUUGGGAAAUGGAGGAGCAUCUAACGAUCGGUGAUAUAAUGAAUCGGGCAAUUGCGGAGCAAGCGUUCCCGGGAGGAACAGUGGCGUUUGGCUCAUUCGAGGGCCCUGUUUUCCACGCCUCCUUCGGCACUUAUACUUAUGAUUGCAACAGACCCAUCACCUCAGACUCGCUCUGGGACCUCGCCUCUCUAACCAAGAUCAUGGCCACUGUCCCUGCUGCAAUGAUUCUCUACGAGAAAGGUCUAUUGGACUUACAAGCCCCAGUGCAUCGCUACCUACCUGCGUUCGGAGCAAACGGCAAGCAUGUGGUGACGGUGCAGAUGCUGCUGACUCACACCGCUGGGCUGAGGGAGUUCCACCCCUUCUUCGCCCUCCAGCUCUCCACUCGUCAGCAGGUGAUUGACUUUAUAAUGGCGGACCAUCUCUGGUAUCCCCCUAUAGUCACAACCCGCUACAGCGACCUCUCCAUGAUCGUGCUGGCGCUCGUGAUCGAGCGAAUCACAGGCUGCCACCUCAGCACGUUCGUGCACCGGGAGAUCUUCAGCCGGCUGGGCAUGACAAGCACAGCGUUUCGACCAAUCCCAGGGCAUCACGGCAGCACGUUCCGACCAAUCGGGGACUCAGGAGGAGUUGAUCCGCGUGUGGUCCCUACAGAGGUGGAUUCUCUGCAUCGCAAGAAGCUGCUGUGGGGAGAAGUGCACGAUCCCACGGCAUGGAUCAUGGGGGGUGUGGCGGGUCAUGCAGGGCUGUUCUCGACCAUUCUUGACGUCACCAAGUUUGCGCGCUGUAUGCUUGCAGGGGGCACGGACCCUACCACAGGGCAUCAGCUCGUGUCAUCACGAACUCUCCACGUCUCAACAUCCCUCUUUGUUGCUCUUCCCCUCUCCGACUCUCUCAGGUGGGAUGUGGCCAGCAGAAGGGGCAAGGAUGGGUACACAUCAGCAGGCCGAUUCAUGGGCCCACGCACCUUUGGCCACACCGGCUUUACUGGUGAGACAUUGUGGUAUGAAGCAGAUGCUCUUUAUAUUCUUGAAAAAACACCCACGUCGGUGGGUAGAUUCAUGGGCCCACGCACCUUUGGCCACACCGGCUUUACUGGACACCCCAACGGCCCUCACCGUUCGUGA